AUGCAGUUGUACCUUACACUUUUGGCGAUAGCAGGUGCUAUCCAGCCCGUUAUUGGUGCGCCUCACCCUCGAACUGAGGGAACAUGCAAGAAGACUAAAGUUGCAAUCUUGGGAGGUGGCGUGGCUGGUAUUACUGCUGCUCAAGCCCUAACAAAUGCUUCCGUUCACGAUUUUGUCAUUCUUGAGUACCGCGAUACUCUCGGCGGUCGGGCUUGGCAUAAGCCGUUUGGAAAAAAUAAAGAUGGGAAGCCCUAUAAUAUUGAAAUGGGUGCCAACUGGGUGCAAGGUAUUGGAAGUGAAGGAGGCCCGCAGAACCCCAUCUGGCUCUUGGCUCAAAAAUAUGGACUAAACACCGAAUUCUCAAAUUACGAGAAUAUAUCUACCUACAAUAAGGAUGGCUAUUCCGACUACAGCCAUCUGAUCAGCGCAUAUGACGAGGCCUAUGAUAUUGCCAACCAGAGGGCAGGUGAGAUUCUUACCCAGAAUCUCCAGGAUCAAAAUGCCAAGUCAGGCCUCGCCAUAGCUGGUUGGAAGCCUAAACCACUUGACAUGGAAGCACAGGCUGUUGACUGGUGGUCGUGGGACUUCGAAGCUGCUUAUUCCCCAAUAGAGAGCUCAUUUGUCUUUGGCUGUGCGGGUGACAAUUUGACCUUCAAUUAUUUCAGCGACCACGAUAACUUGGUUAUUGACCAGCGUGGAUUCAACUUUAUAUUCAAAAAACUGGCAUCAACUUUCCUCAGUGACAAUGACCCCCGCCUUCACCUGAACACCGAGGUCACGAACAUCACAUAUUCAGACCAUGGUGUCACGGUUUACAACAAAGAUGGCAGCUGCGUAGAAGCAGAUUAUGCUAUUACCACAUUCUCAUUAGGAGUUCUGCAAAAUGGCGCUAUCAACUUCUCCCCAGAACUCCCAGACUGGAAGCAGGAAGCUAUUGAGAAGUUCACUAUGGGAACAUACACCAAGAUCUUCUUCCAAUUUAACGAGACCUUCUGGCCCUCAGAAACACAAUAUCAUCUCUACGCCGAUCCCGUAACCCGUGGCUGGUACCCAGUCUGGCAGUCACUAUCAACUCCCGGAUUCUACCCCGAAUCCAACAUCAUUUUCGCCACCGUGACAAACGAGCAAGCAUAUCGAGUUGAGCGCCAAACAGACGAGCAAACCAAGAAAGAAGGAUUGGAAGUCUUGCGUAAGAUGUUCCCGGAUAAGGAUAUCCCCGAGCCAACUGCAUUCACGUACCCACGCUGGACCUCAGAGCCCUGGUCCUACGGCAGCUACUCCAACUGGCCUCCCUCCACAUCUCUGGAGAUGCAUCAGAACCUCCGCGCCAAUACUGGCCGACUCUGGUUCGCCGGUGAGGCUACUAGCCCGACCUUCUUUGGCUUCCUUCACGGUGCAUACUAUGAAGGACUGGACGCGGGCCGCCAAAUUGCGGCUAUCAUGCAGCACCGGUGUGUCCACCCAGAGUCUGUCAAGUUGAGAGAGUGUGGGCCCCGAAAGCACUAUGAGACCCUGCAUGGCACCUCGCCGUAUUCCGAUUACACUAUGCUCAAUGGGUGGGCUGUGGACAGUUCCAUUGAUAAUAAUCCCCCCGAAGAGUGA